CAAGUGUGAAGGAGGAGAGGAAGACCGAGAGAUGGCGACAAAAAUGUUGAGUCACGCUUGUUAAACCCAUGAAGAAGAAGCACCGAACGAAGGUCCACAAGUGGUUUAGUUCCACUCACUUCACUUCAGAAGCGAAAAAGUCCGGAGAGAGAAAAUGGAGGAACUUGGCCGAGCUAUGUGCAUCAUCACCGGGGCCUCCAGAGGCUUUGGCCGGGCAAUAGCGAGGGAAGUGUCCCGGCUGGUGAAGCCCGGGUCGGUGUUUGUCCUGGUGGCUCGGUCCGGUGACGACCUGCGGGCUCUACAGAAAGAAAUGGCUGAAUCCGACUUGGUAGUUCGGGUUGUGGUGGCAGACCUGUCGUCUAUGGAAGCAGUAGAGAAUGUCACCCGGACCGCGAAGGAAGCUUUUCAUGAGGACAUCCGACGUCUUAUACUAUUUAAUAACGCCGGUUCCCUGGGUGAUGUGUCACGUUAUUCCUCGAGCUUCACCAGCAUGGCUGAGGUGGACGCAUACUUGUCUUUCAACGUGAGCUCUGCCCUGUGCCUCACCGCCAACGUGCUGCAGGCUUUUCCAAAGCAACCAGGUCUGCAACGCUGCGUGGUGAACAUCUCCUCACUAUGCGCCCUGAAGCCAUUCCCAUCCUGGGUGCUGUACUGUACCGGCAAGGCAGCCCGAGACAUGAUGUUCAAGGUUCUGGCAGAAGAAGACCCAGAUCUGCGUGUGCUAAACUAUGCUCCAGGUCCUUUGGACACAGACAUGCAGUUGGUGGCCAGGACCCAAACGGCAGAAGCGAGGACGAGGCAGGCGUUUGCAGACAUGAAUGCUCAGGGCCAGCUGCUCACGUGUGAGGCCUCCUGCGCUAAGCUCAUCAAGCUGCUGCUGGAAGACAAAUACAAAUCAGGCGACCAUGUUGAUGUCUAUGAUGUUUAAAUGCUGGAAGUAUAAUUAACAUGGCACUGAGUUGACACCCGACGACAUGUGCAGUAAGUGUCCUUGUAGUGAUUGUUGAAGCUGUUUCCAAAUGCAGUAGGACCAAAUGUAUCUUACAUCCAGUUAUUAAUUAUUAGUGAUAGUAAUGAAAUAUGUCAAUCUUUGAAUACCGUAAAUUUGGGCUUAAAAAACGCUCCUUUUUUCCUACGCUGUCAAAAUUUGGGUACCGUAAAUUCAGGUUUAUGAACUGCUAAUUUUUCUACGCUUUAAAUCCUGAGAUUUAUAAAACGGUGCGGCUGAUUUUUGGAUUUUUUUUUCGCCGAAGGCCAAAAUGCAAAUAGUAAAAAAAAAAAACCUAGCACAAACAAUAACACACUAAAUGGGUGUGUUUUUGUUUGUGCCACGUCGCCAUCUUUUGGACGAGUUUGCUCAAUGCAGGUGCUGCAGUGUCCUUUUAUUUCGUGCUUUCAAUCAGAAAUAGAAGUGCCGUUCCGUAUUAGCCGUGCAUAGCGGUUUUACUCGUUUGGAUUCGUCUUUCAUUACUCCAAGAAACUUUUGUACGUUUUACAGUAUAACUAAAACAAUUAUUACUUACUAAAACAUCCCAAAUGUAAUGUUUGUAGAAGUUGCUUCCUAGCAGUUCCACUGUAAACUUGUCACCAAAGCCAGGCGUGCAGUUUUUAACGAAUGUUUUAAUGCUCAACAAUGAAUUAAAAUGUUGUUUUAGAAGUCCGUGACUUUUCAGUCUCUCCCAGUCCCUCUCGCCUCCCCUGCUCUUGGCUGCUUACUGUUAAAGACAACAGAUGAUUAGAUUUACAUGUACCACCUGUGAAAUCUAGUCACCUGUCAGCUGUGUCACGCCGUCAACACAUCCCCCUGCCCCAUCCGAUGGUGCUCGUCCUCAGCACCAUAGACAGAGGCGGUGACCUUUGCUCCUGCAGGCGCGCUGGCCACACCUCCCCCCACAGUUUUUUCAUGCAUAUUUGUACGUGCCAUUGUAAUGUAAUGAACCCAGCGUCGUUAGCAUAGCUAUAAUGCUAACACGUUUAAGAGUGUUUUUAUUAGUAUUAUUUUUACUUGCAAUUGCCUUUUUUUGUACAGUUUCAGUUUCGUAAAUUCACCAAAGCACCACCGUGGACUUAUUGAGUACGUUUAGCUCAGGGCUCGUCAGCCCGCGGCUCCGGAGCCACAUGCGGCUCUUUGAUCACUCUGAUGCGGCUCAGCUUGUCACGGCCAGGACGCCCUCAUCUUUGCGCUCUGCUUGUCAAAUCUCGGGACACGCCCACGGCCGCGCACAAUCAGGGAGACGCCGACAAAGACAUGCGGUUGUCCAAGUUAAAGCGCUCAGAAUCACAAAUGGUGUGAUAUUGAACACCUCGCCAAAAAAGACAAACUUGUGUCCGAAACUUGGAACGCUAUCCCCGACUUUUAUGUGAACAUGAAAAAGUAUGCACUUUGAGUCCUGUUUUAAUGCUCAACAAUGAAUUAAAAUGUUGUUUUAGAA